GGUGCUACCCGCCAUAAAACCGAAGAAGAACAUACAGGAAACACCAGCCGGUUCAGGGUCAGCUGUGCAUGUUAGAUCCAGAAUGGAGGUAAUGGUUGACGUGUAGUAAUGAGCGAAUAACGUGUUCGAGGGACUCUAAUCAGAUGUCAUAAUUUUGAGACAGUGAUUCAUUCCAAAAUAUCACGACAUCAAGACACUCUCACGGAACAGGGGGUUUGAUCACAGUAAGAUCUGUAAACAUGUCCUUAAAACUGACCACUCAAGCGUACUGUAAGAUGCUGCUACAUGCUGCUAAAUACCCUCACUGCGCCGUUAACGGGCUGCUGGUGGCUGAGAAACACAAAAAGAAGGACAGCCCAAGAGACUCAGUGUUGUGCGUGGAUUGUGUACCUCUGUUCCAUGGGGCUUUGGCGUUAGCCCCCAUGCUGGAGGUGGCACUCACAUUGAUUGAUACAUGGUGCAAAGAGAACAAGUAUGUUAUUGCUGGCUAUUAUCAAGCAAAUGAGCGUAUAAAGGAAGCCAGACCAAACCAGGUGGCUGAGAAGGUCGCUGCCAGAAUCUCAGAAAACUUCAGUGAGGCUGCAAUGAUCAUGUUGGACAACAGCAGAUUCACAAUGGAGUGUUUUGUGCCUGUUCUCUUCAUCUAUGAUCAUCAUGAUAACAAGUGGAAGUGCAGAGAGCCAAGCACUGACUGCUUUGAGGAUUGGAUAGAGGCACAGAAGAUCACAGCAGCUCUUUUAGAAAGCAAAUCAUACGAGAGUCUCGUAGACUUUGACAACCAUCUGGAUGACUUACGAAAUGACUGGACCAACCCUGAGAUCAAUAAAUCUGUCUUACAUCUAUGCUGAAGCCAUUCAGAGAUCCUGUCCACCUAACCAAACCACCAGUGCUUAAAUGGGAAGCAUAUCUGGCUAUGGCUGGAUAAUCAGUACUGUUAGUGACAUGCUCUCUCACUGAGAAGAAAGAUUUAAGAACGGAAAUGGAACAUUGUAAGUGCUGCAUCGUCAUGUUUGAAAACACUGAGGUGACUCAAGGAAUCCGAUGUCAAAUAGGUUUUAUACCCAUUUUCAUGCGAUAGUUUGUAUAAGACUCAAUUGUACAAUUUUGAAUGCUAUCGGACUAGUUUUAUUUAACUUAACUAAUUGAUAAAUAUGAUGAUUUCCCCCCCCCCCUUUUUUGGUAAGAAUCUUUAGUUUCAAUUACAGGUAUGGUUAUUUACUUUUCUUAACUACUUAAAUUGCUCAAAUGAAAAUAUCUUCAGUUUAGAAAUUAAUAUUUUGAUUUAUAAAAAAAGAGGUUGCUUUUAUGUUUGCAGCAGACCAAUAAUAAUUUGCUAGUGGUGGAAGAAUAAAUAUUUUUGGCUCAGAUUUUUCGGUAAGUAAAGGACUAGACUUUAGGUAUGAGGCCUUUAUGAUUGUAGAGUUUUAUAAAAAUUAAUUAAAAAAAAAAAACAUUCUUGCUUUUCCAAAUGAUUUUAAGCAAAUUUUUCAGAGAGUUCAGCUGGCUGUAGUGCAGUAGCAAAAUAUAAUUGAAACACUCCAUCAUAUAGGGAAACAAUAUAUUAAAGCAGUAUAUGGUGGCCCCAAAAGUAUUUGGACAGCCAUGCAAUGCUUAAAAAUCAUAAAUUGCAUUGCAUUUUCGUUUGUUUUGAAGAAAGAUGGCAUGCAAGCUUUUUUUUUAAGCAACAUAUUUUAUGGUUUAAAAUAACAGCUAAACAUAUCAUUACACUUUGUGUAUGAGGAAGUUUGCCUAAGUUUAACAGUUAAGUUUAUGAACUACCUGCAUGAACAUAAGCAGAGCUGAGUAUUAACUGAUCACGUCAUGUGGAUUACGUAAUCAGAUUCCAAAAAUUAAGUACUUGUAAUUACAUUGUUACAUAACUCAUAGUCGGAUAGCUGUGAAAUACUAUGUCUUUAUCAUAUUGAGUGACCUUCAUUUAUUGAUUUUAGAAAUCUGGACAAAAAUUAUUUAAAAUCUGAAACCCCUUUCACUUAAAAUAGUUACUUUGAGUAACCUUGACAUUUUAAGUUAAUAUCUCAAUAAUUUAACACGUUUGCAUG